GUGACGGGAACUGUUGUUGUUGUUGGGAAGUUGAAGCCACCUCUUCAUCCUAUUCGGUACAGCGAGCUUUCCAGAUUGUCGGGGUUGAUGUAAUGGACCUAUCGGUGACAGAAAGUGGUAACAAGCAUGUGCUAGUAUUUCAAGACUUUCUUACUAAAUGGCCAAUGGUUUAUCCUAUUCCUAAUCAGCAAACUGUUCACAUUGUUCGAUUGUUUGCUGAGCAGGUUGUUCCCAUGUUUGGUGUACCAGAGGCUUUGUUGUCUGACCGGGGUACGAAUCCGUUAUCGCACCUAAUGCUGGAUUGUUGCCAGUUACUGGGAAUGAAAAAGAUUAACACUACUGCUUACCAUCCCGAGUGUGAUGGUAUGGUUGAGAGAUUUAAUCGGACUUUGAAGACCACGAUUCGGAAACACGUAGAUCAGUUUGGUGUCCAGUGUGAUGAACAUUUAUCUGGAUUGCUUUGGGCAUAUCGAAAUACACCUCAUGAGUCGACGGGAGAGAAACUUUCAUUCUUGCUAUAUGGUUUUGAUUGUCGAUCUCCGACUGAAGCUACUUUACUACCGCCGAGGGAGAUCCAGGCCAGCGAAGUUUCUGAUUACCGUGAGGAGCUUGUCUUGUCACUGUCACAUGCGCGUCAAAUAGCAAUCAGUAGUAUUCAGGUCGCCCAGAGGAGAUACAAAGAGCAAUACGAUAAGAACACAUCCACAGAUAUUAGUUUCAAGGUAGGGGACUGGAUUUUGAUUCGUUUUCCUCAGGAGGAGUCUGGAAAGUUACGGAAGCUGUCUCGCCCUUGGCAUGGGCCCCAUCGAGUUGCAUCCUGUGAAGAGCCAAACGUGACUGCUACUAAUUAA